AGCGCGCGGCGUCGGCGGCGGCGGGGUCUGAGUGCGGCCCCCAUGGAGCUGCUACGGAAAUGGCUGGGCCACCCCGAGGACAUCUACAACCUGCUCCGCUUCAAGAUGGGCGGCUACCGCGCCGUCAUGCCGCGGAUGGACACGGACUCGCUGGGAUGUGGCCUCCGAACCUGCUACCGAUACCUCAACCAGACCAGCCGCAGCUUCGCCGCCGUCAUCCAGGCUCUGGAUGGAGAGCUGCGCCAUGCAGUGUGUAUAUUCUACCUGGUUCUCCGUGCCCUGGACACUGUAGAGGAUGACAUGAGCAUCCCCUUGGAUGUCAAGGUCCCGAUGCUGCACGAGUUCCACUCCCAUCUCUACCAGCCAGACUGGAAGUACACAGAGAGCAAGGAGAAGGACAGGCAGGUGCUGGAAGACUUCCCAACGAUCUCCAUGGAGUUCAGAAAACUGUCCAAGGUCUACCAGGAUGUGAUUUCAGAUAUUUGUCAAAAGAUGGGUGUUGGGAUGGCAGAGUUCUUGGAGAAAAAGGUGGAUUCUGAGCAUGAGUGGGACAAGUAUUGUCACUACGUUGCUGGGCUGGUGGGGAUUGGCCUCUCCCGUCUCUUCUCUGCAUCAGAGCUGGAAGAUUCCAUCGUGGGGCAGGACACAGAGCUGGCAAACUCCAUGGGCCUCUUCCUGCAGAAAACCAACAUCAUCCGUGACUACUUGGAGGACCAGAUGGAGGGAAGGGAGUUCUGGCCCAGAGAGGUUUGGAGCAGAUAUGCCAAGAAGCUCUCAGACCUUGCCAAGCCAGAGAACAUCGACGUGGCCGUGCAGUGCCUCAAUGAGCUCAUCACCAACGCCCUCCACCACGUCCCCGACGUCCUCACCUACCUGUCCCGCCUCAAAAACCAAAGUGUCUUCAACUUCUGCGCUAUCCCCCAGGUGAUGGCCAUUGCCACGCUGGCUGCCUGCUACAACAACCAGCAGGUGUUCAGGGGGGUGGUGAAGAUCCGCAAGGGCCAGGCCGUCACCCUCAUGAUGGAUGCCACCAACAUCCAAGCUGUCAAAGCCAUCAUGUACCAGUAUGUGGAAGAGAUCUACCAGAAGAUGCCGAGCACGGACCCCUCGUGCCGCAGGACGCAGCAGGCGAUCGCCGCCAUCCGCGCCGCCAGCCUGCCCGCCGGCCCCAUGGCCUCCCGCCACCACUACUCGCCCAUCUACCUGUCCUGUGCCAUGCUGCUGGCUGCCCUGAGCUGGCAGUACCUCAGCACCCUCUCCAAGGCCACCGAGGAGUACGUGCAGGCAGGGGACAACUGAAGGGCACCGCAGGGUGGGGGGAUGAUGGUGGCAGAUGGGUGGCAGGAGGUCACUCGGUUGUGGGGGUGGCCCAGCACUGGGAUGGUGACAAGGAUGGGACACUGGGGAGCUGCAGCCCCUGAGGUGACAGUGUUGCACUGCUGGACUCCAUCCUCACUGCCCUUGCUGGCUGCAAAUGCUGACUGGAGUCUCAGUGUUUGGAGUUGAGUGGUUUUUUUUCCCCCAUUCUUUCCUGUUUAACUGAAUAUUUCUGGUGAUUUUAUUUUUGUUUGUUUUGUUUUUCUUUC